GGCUGGUGAGAUUGUUCAUCUCAGUUCAGUUCCUGCGUAGGAUUUGUGCUACUUUUACUUUGCUCAUAGAUUUUUUAACUCCAGGUUGAUGCUGAAGCAUAGUGAAAUCGGGCUUUGUACGAGUGGUACAAUUUUUUUUUUGGAGGGGUAGUGGGGCCCUGACCCUGAUUGCGGGCUGUAGGUUGUGCAUGUGCUGGCGCUAUUGCUUCAUGUUGAUAUUAUGUUGGCAUGUACCUGUCAAGUUCUUUGCCGAAGCUUUAAGCUAUAAUCAUGAUCUGAUGGAGUGAUGGUGUCGGUGGCGCGGUGGUUGUUUUAUCUACUGCCCGUACUGGUCGAAAUCAUUUGGUAGGCACAGUUUGCUCUUACGUGGGAUGCACUUUGUGACGCUGAUAUAACUGUCGCUAUCAGUUUUUUUCUUGGGAUAGAUUCCUUUGACUGUGGUCAUGAUCGCUAUGGCGCUGUCUCCACAAAUUCUGCAUGUUUUGAGGCGCUUGUCUGUAUUCUUUAGCUCCAUAGGUUAUUUUGGACAGAAAUGGAUCUUACUUCAUCACAAUGAUGCGCGUUACUCCAUAUUCGUUACUGAAACCUGAAAUGGUGCUGCCAAAUCAUCAGGUUCACCUCAUUGCUGAUGCAAGGCUUUCAAAAGAUUAACAGUCUCAAUUGAUGCAAAAGCAACACAAUCACACUAAAGGUUUGGAUUAGACAUUUCAGAGCAUGGGUUCGCGGUUUCCAUCCCACCAGCUAAGCAAUGGCUUGUAUGUCUCGGGCCGACCUGAGCAACCUAAAGAGAAGUCUCCAGUCAUUUGCUCCUCGGCUAUGCCGUACACUGGUGGGGACAUAAAGAAAUCUGGGGAGCUUGGAAAGAUGUUUGAUCUCCAUAGAAAAUCUGGUCCAUUGGGUAAUCAAACUUCAAGGAAUACUUCCUUUGGUGGUGCUGCCUCCAACUCUGGACCAGUUUCUAAUGCUGUCGGUCGCUCCAACUACUCUGGUUCUAUUUCGUCUGCAAUUCCUAACACUGGAGGAUCUUCUAGGACAAAAACUAAUUCUGGACCUCUCAAUAAGCAUGGAGAACCAACAAAGAGGUCAUCUGGCCCCCAAUCUGGUGGAGUAACCCCGAUGGCCCGUCAGAACUCUGGCCCUCUGCCUCCUGUACUUCCUACAACUGGGCUAAUCACAUCAGGUCCUAUCACCUCUGGUCAGUUAAAUUCAUCUGGUGCUCAACGCAAAGUAUCAGGGCCUCUUGAUUCUAGUGUAUCAAUGAAGAUGCGUACCACAUCUUUUGCACACAACCCAGCUGUCACAAAUCUCAAUGUGGGAGAUGGUUACUCGAUUAAGGGCAGCAUUCCGACCACAAUAAUCUGGUUGGUCGCGUUGCUCUUUUUGGUUGGGUUUGUAGCUGGUGGCUUCAUUCUCGCUGCUAUUCAUAAUCCUAUCUUGCUUAUAGUCGUGGUGGUGAUAUUUGGCUUUGUUGCUGCACUUGUGACCUGGAACAUCUGCUGGGGAACAAGAGGUGUGAUUGAUUUUAUCGGUCGCUAUUCUGAUGUAGACCUUAGAACUGCAAAAGAUGGAGAGUAUGUUAAGGUUACUGGGGUUGUUACUUGUGGAAAUUUGCCCCUUGAGUCCUCAUUCCAACGGGUGCCACGAUGUGUGUACACUUCAACUUGCUUGUACGAGUACAGGGGUUGGGACUCGAAAGCCGCAAACGCCACACACCGACGGUUUACUUGGGGUCUCAGGUCAAUGGAACGGCACGCGGUGGACUUCUACAUCUCCGAUUUCCAGUCCGGGCUGCGAGCACUGGUCAGGGCAGGAUCCGGCGCGCGCGUGACCCCAUACGUGGACGAGUCCGUCGCUAUCGACGUAAACCCAGACAACAAGGACAUGUCGCCUGAGUUCCUCCGGUGGCUCCGCGGAAGGAAUCUGUCGAGCGACGACCGGACUAUGCGCCUCAAAGAAGGAUACAUCAAGGAGGGCAGCACCGUGAGCGUGAUGGGCGUCGUUCAGAGGAACGAGAACGUGCUGAUGAUCGUUCCUCCAGCCGAGCCCAUCUCCACUGGCUGCCAGUGGGGCAAGUGUGUCCUCCCGACCAGCCUCGAGGGCCUUGUCCUGAGAUGCGAGGACACGUCUGGCCUGGACGUGAUACCGGUCUAGCUAGAGAGGUUGGUUCUGGCGAAUCCUCUGGCGCGGAAAGGGAGUAGAAAAAAAAAGAUGCCUUGACGUUUGGUUUGGUCUCCGUGGGUUGUUAGGGUUGGAAGGAUGUGCAAAUGCAGGGUGUGAUUAUUGGGCUAAGUAAGUAAGUACAAUAUGAGUGGUCGGUCGGUUACCUGGAGCUUGAUCGUGAUAGUAUAUGGUAUGUAAUUUCCUCUUCUCUUCUUUUGGCUGAGCCAUGGAUGGUGUGCUUGUAACAAGGAUGGCUUGAUGUCAGUAUACUACCCUACCAUACCAUGGAGCAUGUUUGGAGAUUCAGUGGGUUCCAGUCCGUAUUAUGCUCCUGUUUUUUUUUGUUGUAGGGUUCCAACAAUGCCUUGAAGCCUGCAAUUUCCUUGUGUACCCAGAUCUCCAUAGAAAUCUAUUUGCCUAAACAUGGACUAUAGCAGGUGUAUUUUCGAUGGUGAGAAA